AUGAACUAUCGAACCGAUGCCAGCAAAUCGACCUUCUUACUCUGUCGCCUCCUCGUGCAGCAGCGACUGAGGGAGAUGCUAGACGCCUGGAUACCUCGCCAGGCUGGGGAAAUCCUGAGGUAUGCCGAACGCAAUGAGCUCAUGAUCUUCGCACAACUCAGGGCAAUCUACAGUCCCCAAAUAAGGGAACCGUGCCGCUUCUCAGAUGCGAUGGAACAAAGUUCCUGACGAAGAAGUCGCAGAUUCUGAAGCGCUGAGCCAAGCACUUCAAAAGUGCUCCCAACUGCUCAUCUAAAAUCUCUGACUCCGUCAUCGACCGACUCCCCCAAGUGAAAAAAUGACUACCUGGAUCUGCUGUCUUCUCUCCCAGACGAAAUCCGACGUGAAAAUACUGGGUUCUAGCGUGAUUCCGGUUGAAAUAUGUAAGCACGGCGGUCCCCACUUCAUGGAUCAACUGACAACGCUAUUCCAGGAGCUGUGGCCCCGAGGACAAGUUCCUCAAGACUUCAAGGAAGCAACUAUCGUCCAUCACCACAAACGGAAAAUGAACCGGCAACUCUGUGAUAACCAAAGAAUCUCUCUGCUCAGCAUCGUCGGGGAGAUCUUCGAUCGCCCUACUUAACUUCUGCCGGAAAGCCAGCGCGGUUUCCGCCGUCACCGUGAAACCAAAAACAUGAUAUUCACCGCCCGUCAGCUAUAGUAGAAACGUCAGGAAAUGCGGACCCACCUCUAUAAUACAUUCAUUGACCUUAUGAAAGCCUUCAACGCGGUAAAUCGCGACGGACUGUGGAAAAUCAUGCACAAAUUUGUCUGUCCUGAGCGAUUCACGGACUCGGUGCGUCAGCUCCACGACUGGAUGUGGGCACGUGUCACGGAAAACUGGGUCGUCUCAGAAGCAUUCCCAGCAACCAACGGAACGAAGCGGGGCCGCAUGCUCGACACUACCCUCUUCAACCGCAUAUUUUCUGCCAUGCCGAUGGACGCCCACGGUGAUUGGCAUCUCGAAAUCCAAAUAGUUUACAGGACCGACGCUCAUCUUCUCAACAGCAGGUGCAUGCAAGCCUUGACGCGUCUACUCCUGACUACUGCUCUUUGCGGACGACUGUCCGCUUAAUACCGUGACAGAAGGUGACACACAACAGAGCGUGGACCUCUUCGCCUCCAGAUGUGCCAACUAGGGGCUGACCAUCAGCAGAACUCCGUAUGGCAUCGCCACGGUCUCCACAUGAACGUCGAACUAAAGAUGUACAAAGCUGUCAUAUUGGUGAUGCUGCUGUAUGGUGCGGAGACCUGGACGGUCCACAAGAAAAGACCGCGGAAGCUCAAUCGCUUCCACUUCUGUUGUCUCUGACGGAUACUAAAGCUGACGUGGCAGUACAGGACCCCGGACACGGAAGCUCUGGAACGGGCUGGAAUCCUCAGCAUCCACGCCAUGCUGAGUUACCUGCAGUUACCUCGUGAGCAUGAACGACCAGCGCCUGCCAAAACAACUCUACUACGGAGAUGUCACUAAGGGUGUUCGCCGACAAUGGAGUCAAACUCGCCAUUACGAUCCCACCGUUAAGAAUUCCUUGAAACGACUAAAAAUCAACCAAUGAACUUUGGAGAGGAUCGCACAGAACCGACCGGCCUGAAAAAAAGAUCAGUGAAGAUUGAAGCAACCACCUAUGAAGCCAACCAGACUGCUGCUGCCCAAGUCAAAAGGGAGUUCGCAAGUCUCAGUCGUCCCUGACCAGUAACACCAGCCCACAACCCUCCCAACAUACCCGCGCUGUCAACUAACAUUCCGCGCCUGAAUAGGCCUUUUCGGAUAUCUCCGGACUCAGUGCGCCAACCCGACAACUUCAGCUGUUGCCUUCACGUCUGUCCCUGUCCCAACACCCACGGCGUCCACUAUGACGAUCGUCCGCACCACCGAUUCUCUACACCGCUGUGCCCCGUCGCCGUCGAUCACCGCCAUCUCCAUCCUCCCUGUCAAAAUGUCCGCGGUGAUACGACCACCGCCGCAACUUCCACUCCCACCACCGAACAAAACUCUCCUGAUGGCCCGCCAACCACCACUCCGCCCCCGGCCUGUUCCUAUUUCGACCACAUAUUUACCUCACGCAUCGGCAUGAUCGGUCAUUUGCGAAUCCAUCGCACUGCGACCGCGGCACGCCUGCCAAGGGCCCCGCAUGCACUUGCUGCACCCGCCCUCACUGCCCACGCACAUUCAUACUUCGCAUGGGCCUACUCAGCCACAUGCGUGCCCACAACAGCGGAAUUAAUUGCUGUAUCGACACAUAUAACACACCUUGCGCAUCCAGCUACCCUUCCAUCCCGACCCAAUCAACUUUCCAUCGACCGAAGCGCCCGCCGCUAG